AUGGAACUGGGAGGUAAGCUGCAUGCGAUCCAUCCCUCAGCUUAUCGUGCGAGCAAAUCGUCAGCCGUGAGAUGGACGCGUCGCGUGGGAGCGAGGCGGAGCAGCGUAUCUCUCGCAAAAGGGAGUGAAUCAAAUGCAGACGUAAUAAGGAAAGUGAUUGGCCUUGAGGAGGACGCGAAGCUGACGGCCGUGGAACUCAGCGCAGGAUUUUGCAAUCAGGUAAUGCUGGUGAAGAGGAUCGCAUACGAUGGUGGCGAAGAGGCGUUAGUAGUUAAGCUUUACAGCAACCUUGCCUUGCUCCGCACAGAGCAGAGGCAACGUGGGGUGGUGGACAAGAAACUGAGCGAUUUGAACAUGGGUUCACAGCUGAUUGCGAGCACCGAUGAAGGAAUCGCACAUCGCUACCUCGAAGGGAGGAUCUUGACAGAAGAGGAUAUGCACACUCGGGCAGAUAUUUGCGCCGCCACUGCGAGACUGGUUGCCAAGUUCCACUUGCUCGAAGUCCCCCCGCAGUUUGAUGACGCUACCUCACCUUUGUUGUGGUGA